UGGCUACGGUUGUGCUCUCCAGCUUUCUUGCACGUUUUGACGUAUUCUACAAACACACGGCGGCACCGUCAUGUCUCUCGGAAAAGCUGCCCAGAGUUUAGUGAAGCCUCUCCGGGGCGCCCUACGGCCCUCAGCCUCGGUUGUGAGCCGGAGCUACGCCGCUGUCGCUGAAGCCAGAGCCGUGCUGAACGGCGAGCUCGACGGUAUCCGAGCAGCGGGGACGUGGAAAGCAGAGAGGAUCAUCACGUCCAAGCAGGGACCUCACAUCAAUGUAGACGGCAGUCGUGGCAGCAUGUUGAAUUUCUGUGCCAACAACUACCUUGGAUUGUCCAGUCAUCCAGACGUGGUGCAGGCAGGCAUCGAUGCUCUGAAGACUUAUGGUGCCGGAUUGAGCUCUGUCAGAUUCAUCUGUGGCACACAGGAUCUACACAAAAAUCUGGAGCAGAAGCUAGCAGAGUUCCAUGAGCGGGAGGACUGUAUCCUCUAUGCCAGCUGUUUCGAUGCCAAUGCUGGGCUGUUCGAGGUUUUGUUGGGUCCGGAUGACGCAGUGCUGUCCGAUGAGCUAAACCAUGCCUCCAUUAUCGAUGGCAUCCGUCUGUGUCGGGCAAAGAGGCUCCGUUACAAACACAUGGACCUCAGUGAUCUGGAGACUAGGCUCAAGGAGUCUCAGUCCUCUCGUAUGCGCCUGAUAGUGACAGAUGGAGUCUUCUCGAUGGAUGGAGAUGUGGCUCCCUUAACAGGAAUUUGUGACCUGGCCGAACAGUACGGAGCCAUGGUGUUUAUAGAUGAAUGUCACGCCACUGGCUUCCUGGGGGCCCGAGGCAGAGGAACAGACGAGCUCCUGGGAGUAAUGGACAGAGUUCACAUUGUAAACUCCACACUGGGGAAAGCACUGGGAGGAGCAGCUGGUGGCUACACAGUUGGGCCCAAGCCUCUCAUCGACCUGCUGAGGCAGCGCUCAAGGCCGUACCUGUUUUCCAACUCCCUCCCUCCCCCCGUGGUGGGCUGUGCCGUCCGGGCUGUAGAGCUGCUGCUCGCCUCCAAUGAGAUUGCACAGAGCAUGGCGGCCAAAACCAUGAGGUUCAGGAACAAUAUGACACAGGCUGGCUUCACCAUCGCAGGCUCAGCUCACCCGAUCUGUCCCGUGAUGCUCGGCGAUGCACGACUGGCCUCUCUGAUGGCCGACGAUAUGCUGAAGCUAGGAGUGUACGUGAUUGGCUUCUCAUUCCCCGUCGUACCAAAGGGCAAAGCCAGAAUCCGCGUUCAGAUCUCAGCCGCGCACACAGACGAAGACAUCGACCACUGCGUCGACGCUUUCAUCCAGACCGGCAGAAAGCACGGAGUCGUUUCAUGAAAAGGACAAAUGAGCAGAAAUCAAAGGAUUCAUCAACCAGUAUGAAUUACUGAAGAACCUUGAAGCGCUUUCCCUUGCAGAUCAUGCUGCCUGUUACUCAAGACCUAUGAAUGCUUUUGAUGGAAAUAUUAGUUACAGUUGAACUUCAGCAGAGGUAAAUGUUGUCUUUGUGUUGGCUUGGUUGAAUAAAGCACUUUUGCUAACAUGUA